AUGGAUUCAGAGCUCACAGAGCUGGAUGACUGGGUCGGGACCCUCGAGGAACUGCAAUUGGGUCUCGAGCGGAAAUGUCCCUCCGCCGCCACGGCCGCCGCCGCCGUCACCACCUCGAAUCGGCUCAAACCCAAAUCGUCUUACUCGGGACCGCACCACCUGACCCGCGCCACCCCGGCCAGUUCGCCUUCGCCGUGGCGCGUGGCCCAGAUCCUGGACAGCCCGACUCCGCCUCCCCUGCCGCCGGGCAGAGGCGCACGCCUCUCGCCGCCCGGCCCUCCUCAAUCGCCCCCCGAGAGACCCCCUCGAUCGCGCUGCGACGAGUCCCCUCGCCACGCUUCCGAGGCCUGUCAAACCAAUAGUUUCACACAGAGCAUACGUGCCUCCUUUAAUCCCCUCAGUUGCCAAGACGCCACGGUUGAGGAACACUUUCUCACUCUACGAGAGGCAACUGCUGAAAAUGAUCUCAAUUGUCUUCUUCGCCACCUGGAAGAGGUUGAAAACACAAUGCGACAGUUGGAGCAAGACGACGGUGGUUUUACGAGGCGGUACAGUCUUGCCUCGUCUUCGACAACAGAUCCCAACACGGGCUGCAAUCCAAGUCCAGCCCCAGACACCCCUGAGCAGCUCCAUGUCGCGCCCGAACCACCACCACCACCCGCAGAGCGUAAUGGCGACACGGCGGUUGGCGGCGAAGUUUCGUCCGACCAGCAGGGCACCCUGCAGUUGUCCACGAAACCGGCGCUGCCUCCACGGAGGUUCUAUCGACGAACACCUUCACCACAAAAUACUGACUACGAACUCACCGACGAGGUUUCCACUGCAGCUUUCCUCUCGUCCACACCAGAUUUGAACGGGUCCCUCAACCCAUCGGUGGCGAGUGCGUCGCCCAGCCCCGCACCUGCUCGCGUAGUUCCACAUGAUGGUGGGCUGAUUGAUAAUACAACGGUGAGUAAAAAUCACUAA